CAUAUUGCAGGGUGUUCCAUUUUGACAACUUCUAAAUGAAGAGGGACGUAACUGUAGCCUACUUUUAUUCAAGUAGGCCUACUGUACGUCGGAACCACUUUUCUGUGUGAUUUAACGCCAUCACGUCCGGAGGGUUUAGCGUUGUACACAGGAAGUAGCUUCAAGUCUGACAGAGAAGGAGGUUGUAAUUUGCAAGUAUAUCAAUUGUUUUGGUCAGUUAACAGUUCAUCCAGUUUCGAGUUGUUGUACCUUGUUUAUUCAAGAUGCUGAUCAAAGUUAAGACUCUCACUGGAAAAGAAAUAGAGAUCGACAUUGAGCCCACAGACAAGGUGGAGCGAAUAAAGGAGAGGGUGGAAGAGAAGGAAGGGAUCCCCCCGCAGCAACAGAGACUCAUCUACAGUGGAAAACAGAUGAAUGAUGAGAAGACGGCUGCCGACUACAAGAUCCAGGGAGGCUCGGUGCUCCAUCUUGUGUUGGCGCUAAGAGGUGGCUCAACGCUCCACAGGCCCUGCAUACACCUCUCCUCCUUGUCAUGAGUUGAUUUUUGUCACGGGGCCAGCGAGUGCCAACGCUUUAGGUGUCCGUCACCGUCUAACCAUGUUUCAGCACAGAGAUCUGAAAUCCCACGCUCCUGGGCAGACGCACAAAAAAA